GGUUUAGGGAAGUGCGGCCGUCUCGGUGCGGAUGCCCUGCCUUCCUCGCCGGGGGACGAGGACAGCGACCAGCUUCCUCGGUCAUCUGAGCCUGCAGCUUUGGAGCUCAUGAACCACUGAGGGUCCGCCGGGCGGCCGCAGGAUCUGCGCUUCCUCAUCCCAAGGCCUGACCUCCCCGCGCCGGUUAACCCCGCAUCAUCAUCUACUUCCUCUCAAUGUUCUCUCCGUAUUUCAGGAAAUAUGAUCAGCGCCCCUGAUGUGGUGGCCUUCACCAAAGAGGACGAGUACGAGGAAGAGCCUUACAAUGAGCCGGCCUUGCCGGAGGAAUACUCUGUGCCCCUCUUCCCCUUUACCAGCCAGGGAGCCAACCCGUGGUCCAAACUCUCCGGGGCCAAGUUCUCAAGGGACUUCAUCCUUAUCUCCGAGUUCUCUGAACAGGUGGGACCCCAACCCUUGCUGACCAUCCCCAAUGACACUAAAGUUUUUGGCACUUUUGAUCUCAAUUACUUCUCCUUGCGGAUCAUGUCUGUGGAUUACCAGGCUUCCUUUGUGGGUCAUCCUCCUGGUUCGGCCUACCCCAAGCUGAACUUCGUGGAGGACUCCAAAGUAGUACUGGGAGACUCCAAGGAAGGGGCUUUUGCUUAUGUCCACCACCUUACCCUGUACGACCUGGAGGCCCGUGGCUUUGUGAGGCCCUUUUGCAUGGCUUAUAUUUCUUCAGAUCAACAUAAAAUCAUGCAGCAAUUUCAGGAGCUUUCAGCUGAGUUUUCUAAAGCGUCUGAGUGUUUGAAAACAGGCAACAGGAAGGCAUUUGCUGGGGAGCUUGAAAAAAAGCUCAAAGACUUGGAUUACACUAGGACAGUGCUGCACACAGAAACCGAGAUCCAGAAGAAAGCCAACGACAAAGGCUUUUAUUCAUCUCAGGCAAUUGAGAAAGCCAAUGAACUGGCUAGCGUGGAGAAGUCCAUCAUUGAGCAUCAAGACUUGCUGAAGCAGAUCCGCUCCUACCCUCGUCAGAAGAUGAAGGCGUCUGAUUUGUGUCCCGGUGAGAUGGAACAUAACCAUGAGCAGGCUGACCAGGCAUCCACUACCUCUAACCCUGAUGAGUUGGCUGAUGUAGAUCUUUACACCUGUAGACCAACUUAUACCCCCAAACUCAUCAAAGCAAAGUCCACCAAGUGUUUUGACAAGAAGUUGAAGACCUUGGAAGAGCUCUGUGACACUGAAUAUUUCACCCAGACUCUUGCCCAGCUUAGCCACAUUGAACACAUGUUCAGAGGAGACCUGUGCUACCUCCUGACCAGUCAGAUUGACAGAGCACUUCUAAAACAACAGCGUGUAACUAAUUUCCUUUUUGAAGACUUUGUGGAGGUCAGUGACAAGAUGGCAGACAGACAAGAGAGUGUGUCCUCUCAGCCCGGUCAGGACCGGCCACCUUCCAGGUCUGUGGAAGAAUGCCCCAUUCCUAAAGUGUUAAUUAGUGUUGGUUCUUACAAGUCUAGUGUGGAGUCUGUGUUGAUAAAGAUGGAACAGGAACUUGGAGAUGAGUACAACAAGGAAGUGGAAGCACCAGAGUCAAACAGUUUUGACCUCCAGGAAAACCUGGACUACCUAGAUAUGGAUAUGAAAGGGAGUAUCAGCAGUGGGGAAAGCAUUGAGGUUCUGGGCAUGGAGAAAUUCACCUCUGUUUUGUCUAAGUCUGACAGCCAGGCCAGCCUCACAGUGCCACUGAGCCCCCAAGUGGUCCGUAGCAAAGCAGUCAGCCACAGGACAAUCAGUGAGGAUAGUAUUGAAGUUCUAAGCACCUGCCCUUCCGAGGCCCUCAUCCCUGAUGACUUUAAGGCCAGCUACCCAAGUGCCAUUAAUGAGGAAGAAACCUAUGCAGAUAAUGAGGAGGCCAUCCACUUCGAGGCAAGCGUUAGUGCCCCAGAGCUGGAUGAGGCUCAGGAGGGUAGCUUGGAAAACACCCUAUCCCAAGUAGACUCCUGCUGUAUUGGGAAGGAAAGUGAAGGUCAGCUGGUGCCACUCCCCACUUCAGUCCACAUUCUCUCUGACGAGGAUGGUGUGGUGAGCAUCCCCCCACAGCCCUACAGGCAGAAAGACCAGGUGUUCCAUGUGGACUUUACAGUGGAAAAUGCCAGUCCUUCCAGAGACAAAAGUAGUGACAUGUUCCCAUCUUAUGAGCUGGACCCAAGCCAUCUGCUGGCUAGCCGGGAUGUUAGUAAGACCAGCCUGGACAACUACUCGGACACAACCAGCUACGUGAGCAGCUUGGCUUCCACCAGUUCGGACAGAAUCCCCUCCUCUGCUCAUCCUGGUGGCCUGUCCUCCGAGAGACACAAAAAGAGGGCUGGCCAGAAUGCCUUAAAAUUCAUCCGUCAGUACCCCUUUGCGCACCCAGCCAUCUAUUCCCUGCUUAGUGGGAGGACACUUGUGGUCCUUGGUGAAGAUGAGACCAUAGUCAGGAAGCUUGUGUCAGCACUGUCCAUUUUUGUACCCAACUAUGGCCACUAUGCCAAGCCUGUGAAGCAUUGGAUUUCCUCCCCUUUGCAAAUUAUGGAUUUCCAGAAGUGGAAGCUUAUUGGCCUACAGAGAGUGGCCUCCCCUGCCAGUGUGAAUACCCUCCAUGCCCUGAGCCGUUACAGCCGCUAUAUAAGCAUCCUGGACCUGGACAGCAAGACCCUACGCUGCCCACUAUACAGAGGCACGCUGGUGCCUCGCCUCGCUGACCAUCGAACUCAGAUCAAGCGGGGCAGCACCUACUACCUGCAUGUCCAGAGCAUGCUCACCCAGCUCUGCUCCAAGGCCUUUCUUUACACCUUCUGUCACCACUUGCACCUGCCUGCCCACAAUGAGGAGACCCAGGAAGUGGUGGCCAGUCGCCAGGCAAACUUCUUGAAGCUGAACCUGGGCCUGGUGAAUGAGGACAUCAAGGUGGUACAGUACCUGGCCGAGCUGCUGAAGCUGCGCUAUAUACAGGAGUCACCUGGGACCACCCAUCCCCUGCUCAGGUUUGACUAUGUCCCCAGCUUUCUGUACAAAAUCUGAGGUUCGUCCCUGACACUGUGACCAAGACUGUGACUUGGUACAAGAGGGGAAGGGUCGGCAUGACUAAAUGGUUGCCUGAGUUGCAUUGUUGAGCCUUCUGAUGUAGUUAAGUGGGAAGGAAACUGGUGGCAGCCAUGGUUCUCAUGUGGCUCUGGGUAGUUUGUGAGGUGGGCUGGGCAGAAGUAGGCCCUGGGAAAGAGUGACACCUGAAGACUGGCAGUUUGGGCAGGAAGAAAAGGCUGUAACCCCUCAGGCUGGAAAAGAGUGGCCAAAGCCUGGAUGGGAAGAUGCACUGGACACAUCCAGCACCAUCAGACAUUGGAAUGACAAAAUAUGCCUGUGAACCAGCCUGAUAACUGUGAUGAUGUGGUGGGAAACAGCCCACAAUAGCCAUUGCCUCAUUCUGACCUUCCACUGUGGCCUUUGGCCUCCUGGAGCCCAUAGUCCCAGGUGAGGCCCCUGAACAAGGAGAUGGAGAGUGUUCUGGCCAGAUGGAGUGGUAGACUCCUGGGCUCUAGAGCACGUGAACCCAUCCUCAUAUCCACCCAGAAAUGCUUGUAAGUCCCUGGAGGUUAUUCCUCAAUUGUCACUAGGCGUGAGUGUGAAGUAGGUGCCAAAUGACCACAGCCAGUAUGGGGACUGUCCUAGGAUCUACAGAUGGAACAGGCCACAUGGCCAUCACCACUGUGCAAGACAGGCUGCCUGCAGUUAUCCUGGGGCUGCCCAAGGCUCUUCCUGGCUAAAACAAGUACUGACUUCCCUGGGGAUGUCUGCAGACAUGCUGGGACUUUGCAGGUCACACUCCAGUGACACUUCUGCAGCCAUUUUACUACCUGUCCUGAGGUCUUGGCUUGGCAAUGGCUGGUUAGCCUGUCUGGUGAGAGCUUACAUUCAGAGAGAGCUGCCAUUGUGGGACUCACGUCAGUCCUCAGCCCUUCAAGGAAAGGGUUUGAGCCUGGCAAGGAGGCACCUUUCUGGUUCCACACCUGACUCACUGGUGGCUAUCAAAAUGGCUUACCUAGGGCUUCUAAUGCAGCUACCACUGAUUUAUGAAUGGAGGGCUUCUUGCAAGCUUGAAAAGGUUAGAUCUUUUUUCUUUUUAAGCUGUUUUACUUUUUUCUUCCCCUAGUGGGGAAACUGGGAAUUACUACUACUUUUUUAAUUUGUUCCAAAGCAUUGUGGUAAACUGGACUUGAGUCAGCCUCAUGUGUACAUUUGUUAGGCACUGUGUACACUGUUCAUGGGUCCUGCUGCUGAGGCCUAGUCUCCUUGUUAGCUGGACACACCACUGAGAUCUCUGAGAAAAGCAGAGACCCCCCCCCCCCCAUGGAAGCCGUGUGACCAAAGAUGGUUUGGAGCAUGUCACCCCUAUGGUCACCUUUGCUCCAAUCUUGUGUCCGGUUGGUCAUGGGCCCUAUUUCUUGUCAGAAGGUAUGAUUUUGCUUCUGAUGCUGUGGCAGAUGACACUGCCUACAUAUCAUCCGUUUCUUUGUCACUGUUACAUAUCAUAGCAGACAUGUAAUAGAUACCUUGGGAGCUUCUGGCUGAGCCAUCCACUUCUCAUGAGCCCCUUAUCUACCAAUGGCUCCUCCUGUUUUAGAUGCUGCUCUGCCUUCUGACUGGUUGGCAAAAUGCUCUAUCUUCAGGCCUCUAAGGAUAAGUGGCAUUUUAUCUUGAAGGUCUAGACAGGCUGGAAAAGUGGUCACAUUAGCAUGGCAACUCUAGGCUAACACUGUACCCCUGGAAAAGUGCUAAGACAGGAGCCGAGCUUCAAACAGAUGCUGAAUGGCAACCAUGCUUGGCCUUUGAGAUGCUGAAGCCCUGCACUUCAGUCAUCUAAGGUGGAGGUCCAUCUGGGGUAUUUCCUUGGCAGUCAGCCACAAGGGUGGCUCAAAGGCAAGACUAGUGGGGAGCAAACAGGAGAGUCCUGUGUAGCAGCCACGAAAAUGGCAAGUGGUUCCUUCCCUUCAAAGCAGUGAAGUAAAGAUGGCCUGAGAGUGGUUGAACUCUUAAAAAAUUCUUCUUAAAAAGACACAGCCCAGGCUGGUCUCAAACUUGCUAUGUCAAGGAUGCCCUUCAACUUCUGAUACUCCCACUUCAUAAAGUGCUGAGAUCACAUGCCACCAGUGCUGAUUUCGAGAUUUAAGAUUUUGGUUUAAAAAGUUCCAUGUGGUGAUUUCAAAGGAUUACUUCAUGAAAAAAAAAAAAAAAAAAAAACAUGUUUCCUCAGAGGGAUCACAAUGAAUGGUGCUGGGAUUGAAGACUGGAACCUACAAGUCUCACAUUUAUAUACCUUGAUAGUUGAGUCAUGCACCCACACAAGAGUUUCCAUUUGAGGUAUUUCUGCAGUAACAGGCUAAUAAUUUUGUUUUUUGUAAGACAGUCUCGUGUAGCCCAAGCUAGCCUUGAAUUCACUACAUAGCUGAGGAUGACCUUGUCCUGAUUAUUCUGCCUCCACCUUCCUGAGCGCUGGGAAUAUAUACAGGCAUGUACAAUAGCAGGUUUAGUAAGUGUUAGAGAACAAACCUAGAGCUCUAUGCAUACUAGACAAGCACUCUACUGAAUGAGUUACGUCCCUAUCUGGCUAGUAAGUUUUAAUAAAUUUAAUAAGACCUAAAAAGGAGGUGAUAUCAGAGCCCUUCAUUACUUCCCUCCUCUCUUUGAGGGCUCUAGCACUAAGACAUUAAAAUUGAAGCUCGUUUCAACUUGACCAUCAAGGCAUCAUUUCCCUCCUCAUUUUAAGAACCAUCUGAUCAAGCUAACAGCUGUACCCUAGUGAGCAUUCAGAAGCUCUACUGCAGAGGUCAGUUCAUGGUUUCUGAUAGCAUGGGGGCUAGGACACACUCACCGGCCUGAGUUGCUGUAUCCUACCUUACUUCCUUCAGUAGACACUUUGGAUUAAAAAAAAAUGUGAUUCUUCCAUAAUUUCCUACAAUAGCCUGUAGUCAUUUCCAGAUUUGGAAAUGGACUGCAGUAGCAGACCUGUCAUUCCCAACUCGGCUCUUAACUCUUACUUCAGAUCAGUUGCAGUAUUCAUAAGAAGUCCUAUAAACAAUCCUAGGCAGGCCAGGAGAUUUCUUCCUCCCUCCCCACCCACAAGCCCCCAACAAAGUGCCAGGCUGCAUGGUCUGGAGGGAGAGCAUAUAACCCUGUGCUCCCUGGACAUCUUGCAUAUACUGACCACCCAUCUGCCAGUACAUGCCACUCUCCAGCCUGAAAUGCUUCAUGCUGGCCCAGUGUCCUGUGCUGCUGUUGUAUUUUAUACAUGUCUGGUAGCUCGGCUGAUGGCAGGAAGAGUGAGAUGGGUCAGCAGGUAUGCCAGGCCUUUGGAGAGAGGCAGACCUGCCAGCCUUCCCAGGCUCCUUCACCUUCUGUUUCCCUAGAAAGCUCACAAGAAAGUGCCUGGCUUACACUUUAAAACAAAUUAGCCAGCUUUCUGGCUUUACCCCAAUAUUGUGAUCAAAUUGGAACCACUCACAUAUUUAUAUAUACUGUCUUAGAUGUGAAAAUGAGUGCAUCAGAUUUCUCUUGGCAAAGCCAUUCCUAAUAAGGUAGACACAGUUUCCCUGAGCCCACUAAGUUUUCAUUUGGUUAAAGCUUUGGGAAGGAGGUAGCAGUAGCAGGUGGGGUGGGGAGUGAGCACCCUACACAGUGUAUUAAGCAACUGGCUCAGCUUCCGGGGCGGCUAUGCACAGAAGCCCUGGAGAUGUGCAGUUGCCUUUAGCCAAGCAGGAAUCAGGAUCUUGUAUGUAAACCUGCUUAGGUAGCAGAGCAGCCCUAGAAGCAAAGAUGUAGAAACUCUAUCAUGUCACCAUGACCCCUGAAGACGGUCACAGCAUGGAGAAGUGCUGACAAUGGGCUGGACACCAAGAAACCUUGGCCAAGCUGUUUAGUACAGGAGAGUUGGAAGCAGCAGGUUGGACUGAGGGAGAUAAUUGUCUGAGGUUGUAGUGAGAAGCACAGGCUAUAAUGAACUUUUAUCAUUUUCUAAAAAGCUAUUUUGUUACUGCAUGUUCCUACCAUGUCUCUGCAAGCAAGCAUCUCCUAACGGCUGAGCUGUCUCUCCAGCCCUACCACAUCUCUGACUGUUCCCAACCCUGUGAACUGCAGCCACAGUGCUGGAGCCAGAGCACAGCUGACGUGACUGUCCCACAAGUGUCACUGCACAAGUUUAACCAGAGUAAAUGCUAAAGAAAUAGUAUGAAGACUGUACUUUUUUUAAGAAAUUAAUUUGAGUUCAGAUAUUUUUAAAAUAUAAAAACUGGUUGUAUUUUUUAAGGCUAUAAUUCUUGUAGAAACAUUCUGUGGUACAAAAAUGUGCAUAUUUAAAAAAUCACCUAUAGUUUGCACUUCCACUAUGAAAAAUAAAAGAUUCUUUGGGAAGGUGA